UUAUAAUUCCAUUUAUUCGUAUUCUAACAUGGGCGAUAAAUGUGGGACACCGUAUACAAGUUGAAUUCUACAAGUUCGCGCAUGUGAAUACUUGAUUGUUUGAAAACAGGUUAAGGAGAUUUUGUAUAAUUUGAACGAAUGUUGAAGUAAUUAUCUACAUUAAUUACCAUGGUUACCUUAAAAGAGUCUACAAAACGCGUUAAAUCGUCGAAAAAGAAGAAUGUUAAAAAGUUUAAACAAAAAGACUCUUUGAGAUCAUCAGAAAAGACCGAGGAUGUUGACGUGUCAUAUGAUAAUGAUUCUGAGAGAGUCAACGAAUCUGACCAGGAAAGUAGCGGCAUUUCAGAAAUUGGCGAGGAAAAUCACAUGGAUUCAGAAGAUACCCUUGAUACUACAGAAAAUGCAGAUAAUGUAAUCGGAAACCCAAGCUGGGCGGAUGCUAUGCAGAAAAUUUUGAGGACGAAAAAACCCAAACGAAAGAAAACUAUCGUCUUGUCGAAAGCUAAAAAACUAUGCGAUGUGAUUCAAAAGAAAAAGGAAGAUAGUGUACCUUUUGAAAUUGCUGGACAAGAUGGUGAAAUAAAAAAUGAGAAACUAGAUUCGAAAGCUAGUACCGAAGUAGGUAAACCAGUGAAGGAUACCAAAAAGCAUAAAAAGGAUGUGAACGUAAAUAUUCGUGUGAAGCCAUCGAUAUCAGACAGAGAGAGGGAGAAGAGGUUGCAGAAAAUAGCCACAAAAGGUGUCGUUCAGUUAUUCAAUGUCGUAAGGCAACAGCAGAUAGAAAUAGACAAAAGAUUAUUUACAGCAGGUCCUUCAGAACGAAAGCGCGAAAAGGUUUUGAAAAGUAUAGACAAAUGCGCUUUCCUGGAUGUAUUAAUGGGUGAAUCGAAAAGUAUUCCUGUAGAUAAUCCAGUUAAAAAAGAUAAUCACACCAAACCUCGGCAAUCAAAUGAGGAUGGUAAACUGUGGAGUGUUCUAAGAGAUGAUUUUACAAUGGGAGCGAAACUGAAAGAUUGGGAUAAAAAAGCUCCAGAAGAUGAAGAUUCUUCGGCUCCUGAAGAUGUAGAUAGUGAAGACGAUUGAUACAAAAUACCUAAUAGAAACAAACGUCUAUUAAAUUUUUUAAAAUAUAAGGGAAACUUGUUUAAUUCAUUUGAACAAACGAGCGAAACAACUUUGGAAGUAGUUUUUAUAUUGACUGUGUAAUAUAUGUGCCGAAAAUGAUGAAAAUGUCUAAAAUUAGGAACUACAAAUAAACACUUUGAAGUGGUGUCACCAAUUUUACAAUUUGUGAAGAAAAUGUAUGACAUAUAAAUUUGUUUUUUUUUUUUCAUUUAUUACAGCCCUUAUACAAUUGUACCUUGGACCUUAUAUCUCGGAACAAUAUUAUCGAAUGUAAAAUAUACAGAUUUAUUCAGAGGUUA